ACAGAAACACGAAAAAAUAUAAACUAGCGCAGUCGUUUGGUUGGCGCGCGCGGCGCGAAUUUAUCCUGUAAUUUCUUGAAUUCUCGUAAACGACAGUUUUUAAAAUUCAAAUCAUUCUUUUUAAAAUAAACUUACUGUACUAGUAAUUAAAAUUCGUGAACGAACAUAGAAUAGCAAAAUAUGGCUCCGAAUGUGGCGGCCGCGAUAAUAAAACUCGGUCAACAGAAGAAGAACGACGAGUUGAAAGAGAUCUUGGAGCGGAUUCCCAAUAAGGAGCUGACGGAUCUGGUGUCAUCCAGCAUAACUUCCACCGAUGGCUGCACACUGUGGCACUUUAUUCUGCUGGGCUUGGCUCACUCGAGCAAAUCGAAGGAGAAACGGUUCCAGGUCACUCUGGCCGUGCUGAACCAGCUGAACAAAACCGAACUCGGCACCAAGGUGGUGUUCGACAUUGUCUCUCGGCUCGUGCUGGACCUGCCCAAGUUCAGCUCGGAACAGCUGGUGGAGAUUAUGGAGUACUGUGUGGACUCGAUCCGCGCUGGCGAUCCCAAAUGUAUGGGCUGGAAGGAUCUGUUCCCGGAUGUGCUGAAGCUGUUGAACGAGCAGGUGGGGAAGUUCAGCGCCAAUGGGUUUAUCAUGACCGGAAGCGAAUACCGCAAGAAGGUGCUGGACGAUCUGUUCAAGAUGAAGAUUCACAAUGGGAUUUUGACGUCGUUCACCGGGAUGUUGCGAGAGGUGCAGCUGAGCAAGGACGAAACAACCCUAGCGGUGGGUAAGAUUUGCGAUGCCAUUCGUGGGUUUGAGCCGUUGGAGAUUCCGGCACUGUCGUUCCAGCUGUUCCAUUUGUGCUUGAAGUAUAGUAGUUUGCUGGUGCUGCCGAUCUACGCGCUGCAGAAGUACUUCCACAAACAUUACUACAAAAAGAUGCUGUCCAACGACGGAGGGGACAGUACGGAUUUCGAUAGUAUCGAACCCGUUUCGGACAAGGAGAUCCGUGAAGCGGAGGAAACGGUGCUCUACCACCUGUCCAAUGUGACCGAGUUUCGUUUGGACGAGUCUCAGGUGGUGGCCAUGUUCAAGCCAUUCCAAAACAUUCCGGAGUUUCUGCUGACGCCGUUCGCCAUCAGUGCCUUGAUUGCCAUGAGCAAGAUCAACCGCAUGCCGGACACCAUGAAGGUAGUGGCCUCACCGGUGAUGGCCUUUCUGGCCAAACUGGUAGUAGAGAACGAAAACGAGAAGGAUCUUUGUCGGCACUCGGCUUGGUGCCGGGGACGGAUCGAAAGCGGCGCCGUUCCGGAUGUGGAACGCAUUCUGGCCAUCAUGACCGAACACAGCCAGGAGGGGAUGGAAGUGGUCACGCCGGGAGUGAUCCACUUUGCGUUCGCACUGCUGAUUGCGAAGAAGCAGCCCAAGCUACAUGCGAUUGCCAUAUCAUUUCUGCAGAAUUUCGUCAAGAAGCGAUUCAUUUUCGGGAAUGGAAUCGUUGGAAAGCUGAAGCAGUAUUUGUUUGCCGAGCUGGACUCGAUGCAGUUUUCUGAGUGUUUGAACACGUUGAGUUUGACCAGUGCACUGACACUUUCGGAGUGUACCAGUUCGAUCAACUACAUUCUGGAAUAUUUGCUUCUGAUUGACGGAAUUCACGCGAUGCGCAUUAUGACAUUCCUGUUCCCACUGAUUCGGAUUUCGCACACCAUUCGGGACGCUUUCAUCGAGGUGCUCCGUAAAGCCAUGUACCACAGCGAAGCACACACCAGGAUGAUGGGAGUCUUUGGAUUUUGCGCUCUGCUAAAACAGCUCAAAAACAAUAACUCUCGGCGGGCGGUGCUAGGCGGUUCCGCCGGCAAUCUGACACAGCUGUCGAUUUCCGGAAUGUCGCUGCUGUCGCAAUCGAUGUUGGGCCGUGCGGACAAUCCCGACAUGCACUUCGACAUGCUGACGUUGGAGAUUUUGGGCAUCCUGAGACGGUGUUUCACACAAACGGCCGAGAUUCGGGAACUGUUGUACGAAAGCUUGGGACGGGCGGUGGAGUUCAAUGGGAAACUGCUGCCGCACGUGCUGCAGUUCAUCGAUUGGCACUUUAGUAGCUAUUUCAGCGAGUCGCUGGAAGGCACGCUGGAGAUCGAUUUUGAGAAGUGCGUCCGAUAUAGAUGUGAUUCCGGGGAAGAUGGGGAUGCCGAUGAACAGCAACAGCAACAGUUGGAGAUUUACGAUAACGUUGGAAAGUUGACGGCCUUCAUGGUGCACUGUGUGGUGCUUUGUAAUCAACAGGACAUUGAGUACGAUACCGAGGGAGUUACGAAACACUUGAAGACUGUUGUUGAACAGAUUGAGAAGGUCACCUUGGAUAGUCUUGGAAUAAUUGGAACCUUGGAUGCCAAAACCAGCGUCAUUGGAUGUCACUAUUUGAACACCAUCGAAGCCGGAAUGGCUUACUGUAUCUGGAAUGCAAAGCCUGAUAAUAGCUCUUUGAAGGAUCUGCUGAAACUGUUCAAACACCAUCAGAUCAGUUACGAUAAAAUAAAGAAAAUGGAACCCAAGAAAGCAGGGAGGAAACCUAAUAACGAAACAAUAGCAUCCACGGCAGCAGCUGCCGGAGGUUCUUCCAAAAGCGUUUCGUUCAAACCGGAGAACAUUUGGGAUUUGGCCACGGUGGAACGGCUGUUGCGGAUUCUGUUCGGGUAAGUAUAACGGUGAAUUGGGUUCCGAGGGAUGAAACUAACAUUUGCAAGGUUAAUGCAAAGGGUUAAAAGUUGUCGGUGCCAAUUAAUGGAUACUAGGGUUUAAAGGUGAAUAUCAGAUCCCUGCUAGUUUCAAUA